UCAGUUGGAGACCAUUCGCCACCCACCACGCAGAGGGCAGGGGGGGGGGUGUACUCGUACACGAGUACUGAUUCAAGCGUGUGCGCCGUUGAACAAUCCAAGUGGAUGAGUAGCAAGCGCAGUGACGGACGCGACCAUGUGCUUUCUCAAGAAGGACUGCGAUGCGAGGGUUGGUGGCGGUGAGCGUGCGUGUGGGAUUGGAUAUACGGACGAGGCGGAGGGAGGGCAUUGAGUGGGUCACACAGCCCUAGAAUGUGGGAUGGGGGGGAAGGGCAACAGGGGUUGAUAUCUGCUCCGGUCAGGACUCGCCAAAGCCAUCGGCAACUGUGACCGGACAAAAUGAAUUCAAAUGGCCAGGACGCAGCUGACGGCGUGCAGGAGGCCCCCCCGCCGCCGCCGCCGCUCGCCGGCGAAAACGGCCUCGCCAAGCCCGACCUCUCGGCUCACGAUGCCUCCGCGUUGCUGCACCGAGUCUACGGCCUGCGGGUCAGUCGCCACGCCGACGUCACGCCGCUGGAGAGCUACGAAGACCAGAACUUUUGCGUUCUGCCCGACGGGGCCGAUAGCGGCGGCGGCGAUGGUGGUGGCUACGUCCUGAAGGUGUUCAGCUUGGGCGAGAGAAAGAGUCGCGAGUUUUUGCUCCUGCAGUCCGAGGUGAUGGCGUUCCUCCGCAAGCGAGGAUUUCCAGUGCCGGAGCAGGUGCCCACGCUGAGAGGGGAAGUUGUGUCCAUGGAGAUCGUGGUCCACGGGGCGGUGGGGCGCACGCACGCGGUGUGGCUGCUCACCCUGCUGGAGGGACAGCUCCUCUCCGUCAUCCCGAGGGACGCGGCCCUCUGCUUCCAAGUGGGACGGCUCGCCGCAGGCCUCGACCAGGCGCUGAUGGAGUUCCGCAGCCCGCUGAUGUCGUGCCUGGAGCGUCGCGGAGGAGCGGGCGGUGUCUGCGGGGGGGAGUGGGACCUGUGCGCUCUGCCCAGCCUGGAGGCGCGCGUGUCGCUGCUGCCCGGCGAGCGGGCGAGGAGCAUCGUGCGAGAGGUCAUCGCUGAGUUCCGCCAGAGUUUCCUUGCUCGGAGACGCGAGUUCCGCACUGGCCUCAUCCACGGAGACUUCAACGACAACAACAUCCUCGCCGUGCCGGCCGGGUCACCGCGGCCCGGUGGGACAUCCCCGUGGCGCGUCAGCGGCCUGCUGGACUUUGGCGACAUGACCCUCGGCUACCUGGUGUUCGAGCUCGCCAUCGCCAUCGCCUACGCGAUGAUCGACGCGCCAGAUCCCGUCGACGUCGGCGGCCACGUGAUGGCGGGCUACGAGAGCAUGCUGCCCCUGUCCGACGAGGAGAGGGCGGUCGUUUUCCUGGUGGUGCUCGCAAGGCUGAGCCAGUCGGCACUCAACGCAUGGCACAACGUGGCGCUGCACCCGCAGAACGAGCGCUACCUCAUGGUGUCAGCUCCCAAAGCCCUGGUGCUGCUGUGCCACCUCUGGGACCUGGGGCCACGGGUGGUGCAGGAGAAUUGGGCGCGCACGGCUCAAUGGUUGCGCAAGCGCUCCGUCGCCAAUUCGUCGACGGAAUCGGAAUCUUGACGGCUCUAGGUGGGAUCCGAUGAGCUAUGGAGAGCUCUAUUUUUAAAUCCUUUAUAUUACGUUCACUUGCUUGCGCGCUUAGGACCGUGCAAAUCUUUCGGUCGUUUUUAACCCACUUAUCGUGAUCCAAUCGAGCUGACAUUUUGCACACGGACUCGUUGUGCGUGACAAUUAAUGUUCGUGAAUUUUUUUUUCCAAAAUGUUACACUUUUUAGGACAAAAAUAUUAUAUUUAAUUACCAAUUGCUUAAUGGUGGCAGGCAAUCAUCUGACCCAUAGGUGGCAGCCAUCUCAAGCCAGAGGACGAGAGGACUCUAGCCGCCACGCAUAUAAAGGCUUUAUAGUGAAAAACUUUGUUUUUACGGGUUAAUUGUUUUGUUUUGUUCUUGACAGAUGUCCAGCACGGGGUAGGUCAGCGAUUAAAGCCACGCGGACCUGACGAAAGCAGAACGCUGCCACACCCGCAGCGGUUGGCCUCGUGUGGCACACAGGGCCUGAUUGAGGCCUAAGCGAAAUUAACUACAGCUGAGGCCCUCACAUAAUGAAGGGGGGGGGGUCUCUAAAUUCGAAAAAACAUUUUCAAGUUUUUACAUAAUCGGUUGAAAAAUAAAGGAGAUAGGGAGAGGGGGGGGGAAUUUUCUCUAAAACAGUUAUUUUCUUUCCGAUAAGACAUAAACCACGCGAAUCGCGCCUUCGAUUAAAAGCAAUAAUACUUUCAUUUUAAAUCGUGGCGUCAUUCACACUAACAGCAUCCCACAAUGCUGAUUAUAUAUGAGGACCAAAUCCCAUAUAUAAUGCAGUUUUGCUACGCACGGCGCGAAAGAUGCCCAACAAACAAACACGUGCCAAACCCGACCACCUUUGUCUGCCUCGUCGCAGUGUUUUACACAUUGUAUCAGGUACUAAUUUGAGGCUGAGUCGAUCUAGGGGGAGGCCCCGGACCGGUUCAGAUAAUCGUCACUGGUGUUUGCCAAUGAACAGGAAUCGAACUUGGAACGCUGGGUUCAUCGCCCAGCGCGCUAACCGCUACACCACCGCUCCCCCAUACAACAGGCACAUUUACGAACAAUAUAAUUCAUAUCUAUAUUCUUGGUGCUUUCGGUAAAGUCACGUAGAAGGGAAAUAAAUAAUAAAAAUAU